CUUGCACUUUAAAAAAAGGGGAGGAGAUCAAAGGAAACUCUGGGUUUACCAAAGAAAACCUGCUCCCGACCAGGUUAGGUUCACAGAGUAAGAUGCCAGUAACUGACUCUGAGUAAGAGUUACCUCCCUUUCAGAAACGGGCUUGACUUGCCCUGCUUUCUCGGGUUUGACUUACUUCUCAUUCUGAAACAGAAAACCCAGAGUUUCCCUCAUUUCAGGAUUAAAAUACUCAGAGUUCUCACUUAACCUCCUUUCUGAAACGGGCCCCAGAAUUAAGGAACUGAUUGAGAUUUAGUGUGGAUUUAUUUUUCCUUGCUCUUAAUUAUUCUCAUCUUAAACAUGACAGACGUGAUCCAGCGUGUCCAAACACACACUAAAAAACUCCUGAUGAAGCAACGAGAACCACGUGUAUAACGAUGGCAUUUAUUAAAGUGGAGAGUGAAGAUAUGAAGAUUGAAGAAGCAUUCGAAGUGAAACAAGAAGAUACACAAACAGCAUCGCCUCUCUUCAAUGGGGGGCAGAUCAUUCAGUGCUAUGGCACCCAAAACUCUGAAAUUCUCUCCCCUGCUCACUCUGAUCUGAUGCCGCUGAAAGAGGAGAUUCAAGAUCUGAAUGAUGUAAAGGAAGAGAAAAAUGAUGUCAUAACUGGAGAAAAUGAUCUUAGCUGCUCACAGACUGAAGAGACUUCCUCCAAAAAAAGGAAAGCUCAAAAGACAGGAGGGAGACAUAAUUUAAACUGCUUUCAGUGUGAAAAGAGAUUCAGCAAACAUGAAAACCUUGAAGCUCACAUGAAAGUUCACGAUGGAGAGAGCCCUUACACCUGCCAACAGUGUGGAAAAGGUUUCACUGUAAAAGGAAACCUUAAAGUCCACAUGAGAAUUCACACUGGAGAAAAGCCUUACAUCUGCCCUCACUGUGAAAAGAGCUUUGCAAAAAAAGGAACAUAUAGUGACCACAUAAAAAUUCACACUGGAGAAAUGCCUUUCACAUGUGAUCAGUGUGGAAAGAGUUUCAGACAAAGAGUCACCCUUAAUUCCCAUAAGAAGAUUCACUCAAGAGGGAACUGUUUUAAAUGUCAUCAGUGUGGAAUGAGUUUCGCAGACGACGAUCUCCUUAAGGAUCAUGCAAUAACUCACAUUGGAGAGAAGCGUUUCAUUUGCCCUUACUGUGGAAGAACUUGCUUGAGCAAAUCAAAUCUUGAGGUUCACAUGAGAGUUCACACUGGAGAGAGGCCUUUCACCUGCCCUCAGUGUGGAAAAGGUUUCAAAGAAAAAAGAAACCUUAAAAUACACAUUAGGCUUCACACCGGAGAGAAACCUUUCAUGUGUCUUGAGUGUGACGUGAGUUUCACAUACCAAAGAGAUCUGAAACGUCAUUUGAAAGUUCAUGUUGGAAAUAGCGUUGAGAUUAGUGUACCACUUCCAGAGCGUGUCAGAAAGAAAAAGGCAAUUAUGUGAAUCUCGGCUCCAAAGGCUUCCUAAAUCCUCAGCAAUUGUAUACACUUGUAAGGACAGUAACAAUAGCUAUAUCUAUUUGAGCCUGAAGAUGAAACGUUGGAAGAAAACUAGUUAUUCAGCCCAAACUUCCAUUGCAAGGAUGACUUGAGCAGGACAUUUCUCAGUGAUUACUCAGUCUGUCAUACAUUGAGAUGAUUUAGCAUUAAAAAGUUAUGUAUAUCCACAAACCUAUGUAUAUUUCCAUUUUAUUGAGGUCCACAUGUGGGAACUCGUAUCAUUAACUGUAUGAAUAAGGCGCAUGCGUUAGCUGAACACUAACAUUGAAUGACUGAUGUAACAUUAAAGUUUG